AAAUAAAUAAAAAUAUGUUAAAUCUUGAAAAUAUAGAUUUAGUGAAUAGCACUUCAGAUUAAAUAAAAGUAUUGUGUUAUUCGUUCUUUAUUUGGACAUCAAUAUUUGCAAUAGUAAAUUAGAAAGUCCAUUUAAAGAAUCAUCCAAAGAAAGUUUAAGAUGAUGUCAAAAAUAGAAUAGUGUCAAUCAUUCAUGGAUGUUUAACAUUUUGGGCUGCUGCAUAUAUUAUAUUGGGUAAAUGAGAUUAGCAUUUAGAGUUGAAUAACCAAGUUUUGGUGCACCUAAUUCUUAGAUGAUGCAAUUUACUAUGAUAAUUAGUACGUCAUACUUUAUUUAUGAUUUCCUUGCCUGUCUAUAUUAUGACCUUGCUGAUAUGUCUUUAGUAUCUCAUCAUUCUUUAGCCAUCUGUGGAUAUGCUGUAGCUACUAUUUCUAAAUUUGGUGCUCCAUCUUCUAUUUGUAAAUUCUUAUUUAAUAAUAACAAGGGGGAUUAAUGUCAGCAGAAGUAUCCAAUUUCCCUAUGCAUAUGAGAGUCAUCUUUAGAUAAGUUGGAUUACGUCAUACUAAACUUUAUGAAGCAUGUGAAUGGACAUACUUUGGUAUUACGCUUUUUCUAUUUUUAGCUUUAUAUAUAAUAUUCAGAGGUUCAUUAGUCCCUUAUAUGGUAUGGAAUACAUGGCCAUAAAGAGAUGUUCCUUUAUUAGUCAAAAUUACAGCAACAGGAUUAUUCUUAUAAUCACUAUACUUUAUUUUUGAGUACAUCCAAAUAUUUAUAUUAUUUUUAGAAUGAAAAAGAUUCUUACUAGAUAAUAUUUCUAGUUUCAAGAAAGAAAAAAGAAAAAUAUUCAUCAUUUUUGGUUUAGCGUUAAUCCAAAAGUUUAAGAAUUAUCUUAUAUCAACAAUUAAAAAAAAGAUAAAGUUUUUUGAGUAUUAAUAC